AUGGCUGGUGUUUGGAAUGCCGAUGGCUCCUAUGAGUUUGCUCCCGGAGAGCGUGCCAGACUGAAAGGAAAAGAAAAAGCUCAGAAGGGCAAGGAGAAGGGAAAAGGAAAAGGCGAGAAAGGCUUCGACAAGGGCAAAGGCAAAGGCAAAGAAAAGGGCAAAGACAAGGGCAAGGAGGUGAUGUUGAUGACGGCCGCCGAGCGCCUGGCCUUCGCCCAGGGCGCUUUGUCCACCGAUGGCCCUGCGGCCAAGAAGCCUCGCUUGGGCGAGCCUGGUGAGGAGGAAGAGGAAGAAGAGCUUCCAGAAUUUGACUUCGAGAAGGACUGGAAGGACAAGCCUGUGGCCCUCCUGAACUUGAAGGGAGCCAAGGAGCUCAAUGGGCUCAUGGCGACCGUCAAGGAGUACAACGAGGAUACCAAACGCUUCUUGGUGACCGUGGAGGGUGGCAAAGGCGACAAGAGUAUCAAGAUGGAGAACCUCUUCAAGGUGAUGACGGGCUGCAUCGUGAAGCUGCGCGGGCUCGACUCCAUCGAACUCAAUGACUGCAUUGGCGAGUGCGGUCGCUUGGACGUCGAGAACCUGAGAUAUGACAUCACCCUGUCUGACGGACGACACGUGAAGGCGAAGCCGGCGAACGUGGAGCUGGUGGCCAAGUACGAGUCCUCCAAGGUCUCGGGCGAUGCCGUGCAGAUGGAGCGGAUCCGAAGCGCCAACGGCCUUCGAGACCGUUUGGUGGCGGUGGAGGAGUUCGACUUCCCACCCCCCAUCGUGCUGCCAGCAAGUGCUUUGGAGGACUAUGGGAAGAAGUUUCCGAAGUCCGUGGUCAUUGGCCGCGCGAACGCCGCGAACCCCAAGGGCGCGCAGAUGUUGGCGCGUGAGGUGGUGAGUGCCACCAAGAUUUCGCCGGGCUCAAGGCUGGUCUUCAUCUCAAUGCCUCGUGACAGGUGUGUGGCACCCGCAUUGGCCCGGGACGAAGUAAGAAGAGACCAGGAAACUCCACGGUCGUUUUUCACGAGUGUCGAUGAAGACAAGGUAGAGGAUGGCCGUGCAGGCUUUGGGCCGCCGAUGACGGGCCUGGUGCCGCUCUUCACGAUGUUGGGUUUUUUGACCCUGGCGGCCUGGAACUUCUACUUGACCGCCGUGGGCUUCUUUGCCUUGUGGUUUCCCGGGUACCAGUGGGCCUUCGUCGCCUCCAUGACCUACCAGGCGAUGAAUGUGCUGGGGACCUCGACGAUGGUGAAGGUGGGACAGAAGGUGCCCUUCCGCGCGGCCUACCUCACGUCCUUGACCAUCCAGAUGGUGAUGAUUCUAAUGAUGCCCAUGUUGGCCUUCUGGUCCCCCAAGGAGGUUCAUGGCGAGGAGGUCAUCCCCUCGACCUGGGGCUUUGCGGCGGCUCUUUGUUGCUGCGCCGUGUUGGGCUUGGCGGAAAGUUGCUUCACGAGUUUGAUUUGUGGCCUCGCGGGCUCCAUGGGAGACCCGAAGCUCAUGGGGGCCAUCAUGACUGGACAAGGAAUUGUUGGAGUGGUCUGCCCGGUGCUCAUGCUGUCCUUGAAGUUCCUCUCGGGUGAUCCCAUGCAGUGGAAGUACCAGGUGGUCUUUGGAUUCUUCGGCUUCUGCGCUGCCAUGCAAGUGCUUGGCUUGUUCGUGGUGCGCUACGUCCCCACUUCACAUCAGGACCAUCGCUUGGCGGAAGCCACCAUGGUGGAUGUGGUCCGCCUCUGGGAGAGGAUUUUAGAGAGUUGGACUCGGUCGGACUCGGCUGGUCCCAUGGCUGGCCCCAGGGCAGUCCAAGGAUGGGAACCAAAAGGGUGCCUUGUGACGUUCGUAGCGAACCUGGCCUCCAAGCGAUGCAGCGAGCCUCUGGUUGACCUACAAAGUGAGUUGGUUGAGCCAGAGACUCCUUGCGUUCGCGACGAUUGGGGCUGA